ACACCCGAGCCUGCGCCCCCGAGUCUCUUCAGCCAGCCUGGGCCGUGCCCAGAGCCGCUCCGCGCAUCCCAGCCGGGAGAAGGGGCAGCGACGAGGUCCUUAAAGGAGACCACUUUGUGAAGCGCGGGGGUGGGGGGAGAAAGACUCAGAGAACCGGCAGAAAAGGGGUGGAGGCGCCUGGCCCCGCGCCCCAGCCCCAAACCCGAAGGCCGAGCGCGCCAGGCGACCCGGCUUCCCCCCGCCCCCGGCCAGCAGCAUGGCCCGGGGAUCCGCGCUGCCGCGGCGGGCGCCGCCGUGCGCCUCGGCCGUCUGGGCGGCCGCCGCGCUCCUGCUCUCGGUGCCGUGGAGCUCAGGUGAAGUGGAGGUUCCAGAUCCAAAUGACCCUUUAGGACAACCUGAUGGUCAGGACAGCCCUGUUCCCACUCUGAAAGGUUACUUUCUGAAUUUUCUGGAGCCUGUAAACAACAUCACCAUUGUCCAGGGCCAGACAGCAAUUCUGCACUGUAAGGUAGCAGGAAAUCCACCCCCCAGCGUGCGAUGGCUGAAGAAUGAUGCCCCAGUUGUGCAGGAACCCAGGCGCAUCAUUAUCCGGAAAACAGACUAUGGCUCUCGGCUGAGAAUACAAGACUUGGACACAACAGAUACUGGGUACUAUCAGUGUGUGGCCACCAAUGGGGUGAAGACCAUUACUGCCACUGGAGUCCUCUAUGUGCGGCUGGGUCCAACUCACAGCCCAAAUCAUAACUUCCACAGGGAUGACUACCAGGAGGAUGGGUUCUGCCAGCCGUACCGGGGCAUCGCCUGUGCACGCUUCAUCGGGAACCGUACCAUCUAUGUGGACUCUCUCCAGAUGCAGGGGGAGAUUGAAAACCGGAUCACAGCCGCCUUCACCAUGAUCGGCACCUCCACGCACCUGUCGGACCAGUGCUCACAGUUUGCCAUCCCAUCCUUCUGCCACUUUGUGUUCCCGCUGUGCGAUGCGCGCUCCCGGACGCCGAAACCCCGCGAGCUGUGCCGGGAUGAGUGUGAGGUGCUGGAGAGCGAGCUGUGCCGGCAGGAGUACACCAUCGCGCGCUCCAACCCGCUCAUCCUCAUGCGCCUGCAGCUGCCCAAGUGCGAGGCGCUGCCCAUGCCUGAGAGCCCUGCCGCUGCCAACUGCAUGCGCAUCGGCAUCCCCGUCGAGAGGCUGGGCCGCUAUCACCAGUGCUACAACGGCUCUGGCUCGGAUUACAGGGGCAUGGCCAGCACCACCAAGUCAGGGCACCAGUGUCAGCCCUGGGCCCUGCAGCACCCUCACAGCCAUCACCUGUCCAGCACAGACUUCCCUGAGCUCGGAGGGGGCCAUGCCUACUGCCGGAACCCCGGAGGCCAGAUGGAAGGCCCCUGGUGUUUUACGCAGAAUAAAAACGUACGCAUGGAACUGUGUGACGUACCCUCGUGUAGUCCCCGAGACAGCAGUAAGAUGGGAAUUUUGUACAUCCUGGUUCCGAGCAUCGCCAUUCCUUUGGUCAUCGCCUGCCUUUUCUUCUUGGUGUGCAUGUGCCGGAAUAAACAGAAGGCAUCAGCAUCCACACCACAGCGACGUCAGCUGAUGGCCUCCCCUAGCCAGGACAUGGAGAUGCCACUCAUCAACCAGCACAAACAGGCUAAACUCAAAGAGAUCAGCCUGUCCACAGUGAGGUUCACAGAGGAGCUGGGGGAAGACCGGUUUGGAAAAGUCUACAAAGGGCACCUGUUUGGACCCACUCCGGGGGAGCAGACCCAGGCUGUGGCUGUCAAGACUCUGAAGGACAAAGCCGAGGGAGCCCUCAGGGAGGAGUUCCGGCACGAGGCCAUGCUGCGGGCACGGCUGCAGCACCCCAACCUUGUCUGCAUGCUGGGUGUGGUGACCAAGGACCAGCCCCUCAGCAUGAUCUUCAGCUAUUGCCCGCAUGGGGACCUCCACGAGUUCCUGGUCAUGCGCUCGCCGCACUCGGACGUGGGCAGCACAGACGAUGACCGCACGGUGAAGUCGGCCCUGGAGCCCCCCGACUUCGUGCAUGUGGUGGCACAGAUCGCUGCUGGCAUGGAGUACCUGUCCAGCCACCACGUGGUCCACAAGGACCUGGCCACCCGCAACGUGCUGGUGUAUGACAAGAUGAACGUGAAGAUCUCAGACUUGGGCCUCUUCCGCGAGGUCUACUCCGCGGACUACCACAAGCUGACGGGCAGCUCGCUGCUGCCCAUCCGCUGGAUGUCCCCCGAGGCCAUCAUGUACGGCAAGUUCUCCAUCGACUCGGACAUCUGGUCCUACGGCGUGGUCCUGUGGGAGGUCUUCAGCUACGGCCUGCAGCCCUACUGUGGCUACUCCAACCAGGACGUGGUGGAGAUGGUGCGAAACCGGCAGGUGCUGGCCUGCCCGGAUGACUGCCCCGCCUGGGUCUACGCCCUCAUGAUCGAGUGCUGGAAUGAGUUCCCCAGCCGGCGACCCCGGUUCAAAGACAUUCACAGCAGGCUCCGAGCCUGGGGCAACCUGUCCAGCUACAACAGCUCAGCGCAGACGUCGGGAGCCAGCAACACCACGCAGACCAGCUCCCUGAGCACCAGCCCGGUGAGCAACGUGAGCAACGCCCGCUACAUAGGGCCCAAGCAGAAGGCCCAGGCCUUCCCGCAGCCCCAGUUCCUCCCCAUGAAGGGCCAGAUCAGACCCAUGGUGCCGGCUCCCCAGCUCUACAUCCCGGUCAACGGCUACCAGCCCGUGCCAGCGUACGGGGCCUAUCUGCCCAACUUCUACCCGGUCCAGAUCCCCAUACAGAUGGCGCCACAGCAGGUGCCCCCGCAGGUGGUCCCCAAGCCCAGCUCACACCACAGCGGCAGCGGCUCCACCAGCACGGGCUAUGUCACUACCGCGCCCUCCAACACCUCCGUGGCUGACAGGGCAGCCGUGCUCUCUGAGGGCACCGAGGACGCACAGAACCUUCCCGAAGAGGUCGCGCACAGCCCCAUGCAGGAGGCAGAGGAGGAAGAGGAAGGCUCUGUCCCCGAGACCGAGCUCCUGGGAGACAGUGACGCCCUGCAGGUGGAUGAAGCCCAGGUCCAGAUGGAAGCCUGAGAGGCCUACGGGGCCCAAGGAGCCGGGAGAGGAGUUCCUGCCGCAGCCCACUGAGAACCUGAGCCAGCAGCCGCAGCUGUCACCAGAGCCCGGGGACUGGUGGGACGGUUCACAGACUCUACUUCCUGAGCCGGGGUGACAUCCCGCCCUGCCUGGGUCCCCUGUGAUCUGGCUGCAGGUCCACGGGACCUCCGGAAGCAGGGCGCAGGGACCCACAGUGCUGCCUUUAUCCUGGUGAUGGAUCCAAAGGGAGCUGAAUGCGCUUUGCAAAAGAAGAAAAAAUGGUGUGAUCUUCACCCGUGGUAUAUGGAUCAAGCAUUUCCAGACGUGAAGAACACCGGAUUGCAGGAGGUGUUGGAGGCACACCUGGGGCUUGGGGGUGCUCAGCAACCAGCCUGCUGGCUUGAGGAUGGCGGCUGCUUCCUCCCUCCCGGGCCUCCUCGGGGACUCUCUGCAGCUAGAGGUGAAUGGGGACAGGACACUGCCACCUUCCAGGGACUGCAGAGAAACAGGCUUCUGAAACGGGAGCCCCCUUCAAUUUAAAAAGAAAAGCAAUACGUGCCUUAACACAAACCAACCAAGCCUUGUAAUUUUGUGAAAUGAUGUUAAUUAUAUUUGCAUAGGUAUUGUGCCCACAUUUCUGGAAUUCAAGGGAAAGUAUCUCUUGGCUUUCAGCUAUUCAAAAGGAAGCGAUAUUGUACAGAAAACAGUAUUGUUAUUUUUUUAACAAUCAUGUACAGACCUUAAAUGUAAUUUAUAUGUGUUUUUCCUUCUUUUGGUAUGCCAUUUUCAUGGGAGUAUUUUGAUCUUAACUAAUGACUUAAUAAUUUAACUGUUUACAUUAUCCACUGGGGGAUGCAGUCAAGUUGUGGUUUUGAUGUGCUGAUUUGUGUGCCACAUGUAAGCCAGGUCCUUUCAUUUCAGAGUCCUUGUCACACAAAGGCUCCUGGGCAGAGCUGUCUGUACCUUGAAUACCUUGUUGGUUCUGUUUGUAAAUCUCAUGCCUGGUGUAUCCAAUAAAGUGAA